AAGUUCCCCAUUCCCUCGAAAGGUGAAGUCAGCGUCCAUCGUGGUGGGAGACACAAAGUUCGGAGACUUUUCCGGCUUGGAUUUGGAGGGAAAAUGGUCGGAAGCUCGGAAAUUACAGGGCGGCUCAGCUGAAGCCAGCCGCCCGCGGAGAGGAACCGUUCCCUGUUUCCUGCGGUCAAAUCAAACUCAUAAAACCCAUUUAAGUCAUAAGUUAUUUGUUCAGACCUUUUUAUUUGAACCUUUCAUUUCAACAUCAACGGGCCUUUUUGAUAUCCAGAUUUUCUUUUGAUUCAGCCAAGAAUCAGAAAUCGCUUCUAAUAUUCAAGGCAACGACAUCAAUCCAGAUCAUUCUCUGCUACUGGAUAUUCUUAGAGAAAUCUUUUUAGUUGGGAAGUUGUGAUGGGUGAUUGCAAUUCUGAGACUAACCACUUCUUAAUGGAGUUUUGUAUCCCGAAUUACAUACUUAGACCAGACUUGAAGGUUGAAAAUGUUCCAAGUAUUCCCUCUUGUCCUGUGAUUGUGUUCAUAAACUCCAAAAGUGGUGGUCAGCUUGGUGGGGAUCUGCUUGCGACAUAUCGUGAUCUUCUCAAUGAAAAUCAGGUUUUUGAUUUGGGGGAAGAAACUCCCGAUCAAGUUCUACGCAGGAUUUAUGUCAAUUUAGAAAAGCUCAAGCUCAGUGGAGAUGAUUUUGCUGCAGAAAUUCAAAAGAGACUGAGACUAAUAGUUGCAGGUGGGGAUGGUACGGCUAGUUGGUUGCUGGGGGUAGUUUGUGAUCUCAAACUAGCUCACUCACCACCAAUUGCUACAGUGCCACUGGGAACUGGCAACAACCUCCCAUUUUCAUUCGGUUGGGGAAAGAAGAAUCCUGGCACAGAUCAUCAGUCUGUGAAGUCAUUCUUGGAACAAGUAAAGAAGGCCAAAGAAAUGAAAAUAGACAGCUGGCAUAUUCUCAUGAGGAUGAAAGCUCCCAAGGAAGGUUCUUGUGAUCCCAUUGCACCUCUCGAGCUACCACAUUCUUUGCAUGCAUUUCAUCGCGUUUCCCAGACAGACUCACUGAACAUGGAAGGUUGCCACACAUUCCGUGGGGGAUUUUGGAACUACUUCAGCAUGGGAAUGGAUGCUCAAGUAUCAUAUGCGUUUCAUUCUGAAAGGAAGUUGCAUCCAGAGAAAUUUAAAAAUCAGUUCGUCAAUCAGAGUACUUAUGCGAAGCUUGGCUGUACACAAGGAUGGUUUUGUGCUUCUCUCUUCCACCCUUCCUCACGAAAUAUUGCCCAACUUGCAAAGGUUAGGAUUAUGAAGAAACAAGGUCACUGGGAAGAUCUUACUGUGCCUCGCAGCAUCAGGUCAAUUGUUUGCCUAAAUUUACCUAGCUUUUCUGGUGGACUAAAUCCGUGGGGAACUCCAAAUAAGAGGAAAGAGCAAGAUAGAGAUCUGACCUCACCAUUUGUAGAUGAUGGCCUUCUUGAGGUUGUUGGUUUUAGAGAUGCCUGGCAUGGUCUUGUUUUGCUUGCUCCAAAUGGACAUGGAACUCGCCUAGCACAGGCACAUCGUAUCCGCUUUGAAUUCCACAAGGGUGGAGCUGACCAGACAUACAUGAGGAUUGAUGGGGAGCCAUGGAAACAGCCCCUGCCUGUUGAUGAUGAGACUGUUGUGGUCGAAAUCUCUCACCUUGGUCAAGUGAAUAUGCUUGCUGUACCAGGUUGCCGAUCCAAAAGUGUCCAAGAUCCCAUUUCACACUCCAAUCAUCAUGAUGAAGAUGGUGAUAGUAAUGAAGACGAUUCAGACUCAGAAGAGAAGAGAAAGUUUGGUGCAGCUGACACUUUCAGAAUUCCUGAUGAGGUUGACAUUAGUCAUCUCAGUUAAGCUUUACAACAUCUAAUCCCUUACCCUUUUAUGUAAUUUUCUCCGAACAUUUCUUGUCUAUCUAAUUUCAACUUUUCAUGAUUCAUAUUUUUUAUCCUAUUGGGGUUUAAGCUUGGUGGUUACUAUGUUGGUGCCAAUUGCAAAUUUUCCCCUUUGUUGAAUACUUGAUCGUGUGAUUGUAUUAGAAUGGAAUGCUUGCAAGGUUAUAUCUGAAAUAUAACUUUAACAAGGUUAUAUCUGAAA